CACAGGGUUAUUUUGCAGCUGGGACUGUGACCUUGAUGACAUAGGAGUCAGGAUGGCUUUGAAUGGACAUCUCUGUCGUCAGAGACUCUGUUUUCUCCUCCUCAGCACCAUGGUGGGUGCUCAAGCUGUGGAGCUGAGGCUGAAGAAUGGAGGCCACCACUGUGAGGGGAGAGUGGAAGUGAAGCACCAAGGAAUAUGGGGAACAGUGCAUGGUUACAAAUGGACCUUGGAGAAUGCAGCUGUGCUGUGCAGACAGUUGGAUUGUGGAGAUGCUGUUGGUGCUCCCAGAGGGGCUCAUUUUGGAUCAGGGGUUGGGCCCAUUUGGCUUGCAUAUCUUUUUUGCAAAGGGACAGAAUCAACUCUCAAUGACUGUCGCCAUUCUGAUUUUAAAAACUAUCGUAAUUAUGGCUAUUACCAUAAGUGGGAUGCUGGAGUAGUUUGCUCAGGCUCAGAUGCUGCUCGCCUAUGUACCACCUGUGCUGCUGCUCCUGGGUUGUCUGGUUCUGCUGGCUGCACCACACCAGGGGCACUGGGUUCACUGGUGUUGCUGUCACUGUUGGGGGCCCAUGGACCCAGGGCCUUGUAUGCAGCCCCCAUUGCUGGUGGAGCCAGUGUCGGGGUGCCACCACCAGGGGCUAGGUCACCAGUUCUUCUGCAGUUCCUGAAGCUUCUGGUCAGAGGUCCCACCCAUCACUGCUAG